CAGGCAGCUAUCAGUCGGCACUAGGCACAUGCAGCGACGCUGACACUACGGGCCCACGACGUGCGGCCCCACCGGCCAGCCAACGGAAGCUAGAGACAGGCACGUUCGCGUCACCCUCUACGUAGCUCCGUGUAAUAGAGUCAUGUGCUCGCCCGCCUCGGCCUCUCUCCUUGCUUCCCUCGUGCUAGUGUCAGAGGUUUGUACUUGCAGGAGCCAGCCUCGAAUCUUCUUGCAGCGUGCUAAGUGCCGCCAUUUGUUUUUGUUUAUGCCAAUGAGCAGCAAAUCAUGGAGGGGAGAGAGAAUGAGAGAUCAGAGAUGAGAAGAAGAAGAUUAGAAGCUGACAGUUCUGCUUGAUUUUUGGCUCCUCCGAGGCGAGAUCCCCUUUCUGCUGGCACCAGCUUCCAUCUCCUGUUCGUAUUCGUCUUCCUCCUCUGGCAUCUCUCUGUUGUUUCUUCCAGCGCUCUUCGUCUUCUUCCUCCUCCGGCCCUGUUGACGCCAAGGACUGUUGCUAUCAUUUCCUGCUUCCAUUGAUACCCUUCCUGCUGCUCCCCAAAGGAAGAGGAAACACAGUGUCCAGGAAAACACAGUGCUCUUCUUCUCCAAUCUGUCGCAAGGUGCGUCCCAGCUCCAUACGAGCUGCAGCCUGCAGAGGAAUCGAGUGGCUAAAUAUAGCAAGGCUGCUCCAUAAGGCUAAUCGAAGUGGAGGACAAAGAGGGGAACAUUCAGCAUUUUCUUGGUAUUCUCCAAGAGAUCCCCUCUCUCUGAUCUCCCAAGUGAAGAAGGUCAACAGGCUGAUGGCGGCGCUAAUGGCGACGCAAUGUAGCGCGUAGCGUCUUUUCGCCCCACCACCCAGCCCCAGGUCCUCCAAGAAGAAGAAGAAGGAGGAGGAGCUCUUGAAUCCCGUCUCCUGCGCACGCGUUUCUGCAGUCUCUUGGUUGGCUCCUUGUUGAUUGAUUUGCUGCGCUGCGCUGUUGCAAUGCGGCCGGUUCUUGGGGAGGAAUAGGAGUAUAGGACUGUCUCUCUCUUGACGCUUGAGUGGACAGAUGGCCGGCGGCGAGGGCGCGGCGGCGGCGGCGGGGGAGGCGGGGGAGAUGCGGUCGCUGGCGCUCACGCCGACGUGGUCGGUGGCCACCGUGCUCACGCUCCUCGUCGCCGGCUCGCUCGUCAUCGAGCGCUCCAUCCACCGCCUCAGCAAUUGGUUGAAGAAGACUCACCGAAAUCCGCUUCACAAAGCAAUGGAGAAGAUGAAAGAAGAAAUGAUGUUGCUUGGCUUCAUAUCUCUGCUCCUGGCAGCUACGUCGAGAAUCAUCUCUGGUAUCUGCAUCGAUUCCAAGUACUACAACAGUAAGUUCUCCCCAUGCACCAAAGAAGAGGUUGAAGAAUCUAUGAGUGCCGAGCACACCCUUGCUGAGGGCAUUCUGCACCAUUCUCUCAGGAGGAACCUUAAAGCUCAGUACCAUCAUGUUCAAGCUUGUCCCGAGGGCUACGAAUCAUUUGUUUCUCAUGAAGGUUUGGAGCAGCUGCAUCGGUUUAUAUUUGUCAUGGCAGUAACCCAUGUGACAUACAGUUGUUUGACGAUGUUGCUAGCUAUACUCAAGGUCCAUACAUGGAGAAAAUGGGAAGAUGAAGCAUUUAGGGACAAUCAUGAAUCAUUUUCCCAGAUUGCCUAUGUAUCAGCAACUAGAAGGCAACCACCAGCACUUACCAAAUCCUAUUCAUUUCGUUUUUGGAGCCAAAAUAAUGCAGUCAUGUGGGUGUUUUGCUUCAUCGCACAAUUUGGUCAAUCUGUUGUUCGAGCUGACUAUCUUAUCCUCCGCAAGGGUUUCAUAAUGAACCACAAUCUACCACCAACAUAUGACUUCCACAAUUACAUGAUACGCUCAAUGGAAGAGGAGUUUGAGAAGAUUGUUGGAGUGAGUGGAGUGCUGUGGGGCUUUGUUGUUGCUUUCAUGUUAUUCAAUGUUGAUGGAUCUAACCUGUACUUUUGGAUAGCCAUUCUUCCUGUUACUCUUGUUCUUCUAGUCGGUGCAAAACUGCAGCAUGUCAUAGCAACUUUAACAUCCGAGGGUGCAAGGAUGACUUCAUUUGGACCAAGAAUAAAGCCACGCGAUGAUCUCUUUUGGUUCAAGAAACCAAAGUUUCUCCUGUGGCUGAUUCAUUUUGUCCUCUUCCAGAAUGCAUUCGAGCUGGCUUCUUUCUUCUGGUUCUGGUGGCAAUUUGGUUAUGAUUCAUGCUUCAUCAAAAACCACCUGCUAGUUUACUGCCGCCUCGUAUUGGGGUUUGCCGGACAGUUCCUUUGCAGUUACAGUACAUUGCCUGUUUACGCCCUUGUCACACAGAUGGGAUCAAAGUACAAGGCAGCCCUGAUCCCCAACAGGAUCAGAGAAACCAUGCAUGGGUGGGGGAAGGCGGCGAGGAAAAGGCGGCGGAAGCGGAGGGGCGACGACUCCACCAUCCGCACCGAGACCAGCACCGUCUGCUCCCUCGACUACGAGGACGAAGACGAUGACGAUGAUCAUGACCACGCCACGCCAUCCAGGCCGCCGUUGCCGUACCUGAAGAUCGAGCUGCAGCCCACGCGCAGCGCUGGCGGCGGUAUUCCGAGGCCGGGCACCACGCCGGUUCACCGCCAUUCCAUCAGCACGCUGCCCUGCAGCGGCAGCUCCCAGCACGCGCUGCUCCAGCAGCAGGCCUCAUCAUCGGCGCCGUCUUCGCCACCUGCGAGCAACCGGGGCCGUGGAGUGACGAGGUCGGCGUCGAUGCCAGGGAUAGCUUCCCUGACAACGAUGCCUGGGCCUGGCGGCAGCAUCGGCACUCCGACUUGCUUGAGCGACGACCAUGCUUAGAACACACUUGACUUUGUGUACAACUCUAGGAUAAUGAUGAUGAUGAUGAAGAAGAAUAGUGCAAUGCCUGCUUUUUUUAUAGGUGAUGAGUGCAAUUGAUGCUAGUAUAGGCAUAUACAUAUAUACUUCGUUCUGGGACAUGACUUUGAGGUAUACCCGUUUGUCUGGCUGAUGGUGUAUAUUGUAUACAUGAUCAGUUGCAGGUGCAAGUCUUCAGAACUUACUCGCUGGUUGGCUCAGAAAAGUCGACCAGAAUUGGCUUCCAAUCUAGAUAAUUGUGUUUCAGGUCAA